UCUUGACCAUUGCUGGAACUUCCAUUUUGUCCCCAUAUUAACGGGCACAGGAGAGCGCCAGUCUAGAUUUUCAAGGUACCAGCUUGCCUGCUGUGAAACACAAGAAAGGCAAGAAUUGGUUCGGAUAAUAUGGCUGUGCAGAAGACAAGGGGAGAAAUGUCAUACAUCAAACCAGUUUUGAACACGAUCACUACUCUCUCAGCUUUUGUAAAAGAAUCAAUAGAAUUUAUCUUGAACCAUGAAGGAUAUACGCAGAUAUUUACAGCACUGAAUGAGUCUUUGAAAGAUGGGGAAAGGGAGGAAGACGUUUCCGGAGUGGGACAGGAUCUGGAGAACUCAAAGAAAACUGUGCUUCACAUUGCCAUCACUGGAGAAACAGGCACUGGGAAAUCGUCUCUCAUCAAUGCUAUUCAGGGCCUACAUAUGGAAGAUUCUGAUGCUGCCCCUGUAGGAGUGACAGAAACAACUUUGCAGCCAAAUUCUUAUUCACAUCCUAACUAUCCCAACGUGAUAUUUUGGGACCUGCCAGGAGUAGGAUCCACAGAGUUUCCAUCAGCGGUUUAUUAUGAAAAAGUGGAUUUAUCCUGCUAUGACUUCUUCAUCAUUGUAGCUUCAGAGAGGUUCCAAUCCACUGAGGUUGACUUAGCUCAAAUGAUCCAAUGGAUGGAGAAGAAGUUUUAUUAUGUGCGUAAUAAAGUGGAUGCAGACUUGAACAACAUGAAAAGGGCUUAUCCCCAAAAAUACAAUGAAGAAGAAAUCCUUCAACAAAUAAAGAAUAACUGCAGGGCGUGCAUGUCAUGCUUCAAGGACUCCAACAGGCAGGUCUUUCUGAUCUCCACUCGGAAUCCCGGCAAGUAUGAUUUCCCUGAGUUGGUGAAGGCUUUGCAGCAAGAUCUGCCCAGCCUGCAGAGCCUAGCAUUCCUGCGUAGACUUCCCAGCUUCUCUCCUGGGAUCAUAGCAGAGAAGAAAGUUGAACUGAAGAAACUCCUAUGGAAAAUAUCAUUGGUGUCUAUUUAUAACAAUGCCAGUCCCAUUCCAGGAACUCCCCUGGCUUGUGAUGUUCGAUUUCUCCAAUUGUUUGUAGUUUGGUUCUACAAGAAGUUUGAGUUGGAUGGUACAUCCCUAGCCCGAUUGGCCAGAUGGGCCGAGAAACCCCUUGAAGACCUCUAUGCUGUGAUUGAAUCACCUCGGGUAGCAGAAGUCACCGCAGAUCUCAUUGUGAAGAAAUGUGUUGACUAUGGAAAUAAAGUGAUGGAGAAAACCGAACCUUACUUUCCUCCACUGACUAAUAGUGUGAGGACUCUGUCUUUUCUAAUUGCUAAAUUGAUGCUGUCAAGUUUCCUAGAUAAACUGGCUGAAGAUGCUGAAAGUGUUCGUAAGAAAGUCCUGGGGCAGGAAGUACAGGAGGUGUGAGACCAGGCACUCAUGAUCAAAGCUCGUGGCAUCUACUGUCAUACCCUGACUUUUGCAGGUUUUCUGUUCAUGGAUUUCAUUAUUCACAAGUUUGCUAUCAAUAAUUAAAUAGGAUUUUUUUUUUAGUUUUGCAGCCUACUGUGGAGAAUCACAGAUGAUGCAUGUAGACUAGAAAAUGUAAAGAAAACUUUUUUUAAAAACUGUGUGUCAUAAAUGUGGGGGGCUGUGUGUAUGCCCAUACUCAGCAAAAGCUGAGUGUCUCGAGGUGACCAGAGGCCUGGAGUGCAGGUCUACUGAACAGCCCCACUGCCAAGACCCGAGGCAGAUUCAUGAGUUCCACCUGGGGAGCCCUGGGGAAGCGCUAUAUAAGAGCCAGCUCUUCCCCACAGAAGCUGCCUUGGCACUGAAGGUCUCCUGAUGUCGGUGAAGCCAUUCCUAGUUGGCUCCAGUGCCCUGCCUCUGAUCUGCUCCUCCCUCCCUCCCUCCCUCCCUGACUGUUCUGCCUUCCUUGGUUCUCCGACCUUUGGCUCACUCUGGACUACGCUACCUGUCUCUAUGGACUUGGUUUUGCAUUGACUUCCGGCUUGA